CUUUUCCCAAUGGAAUGUCGGCAAUGUAUGGCGAAUAGCCACAGUAUUCAGAAAUACACCAUGUUGCGCAACACGAAGUGCAUUGUCAGGUGCAUCGCACGCAGCAUGACGCUGUAAUGCAUUCUGACGGAGGGUGAAAAUCAAUAAAAAUCUGUCAAAAGUGAGUGGGGUGUUUUCCUUCUCUGAAGCGAUUGUGAUAUUAACGACAAACUUUUUCUGAAACAUAUCGAAGGACUCUAAUCCCAGCGACUAGGCCGUGUGAUGCGAUGGUGGGAAAGGAUUGCAGCAGUCUGAAGGAUAGGCCAGUGUUCAUCCCACCGCGGAAGCGACAGGCGUCCAAAAAGGUAAAUGGGACACAGAAUUAUGUCGACCAUAUCGUCUCGGUCCAGACGCGCCAAAAGCCAUCUCCCACCUCUCCGGCACUCGAAGACGCCCUCAUAAAAACUUCACUUUUGUUGAAAAACAAACAACCCCUACCGCAGCUUCCCAAGGAUGCUCUGAACUCGUCAGUUAAGAAUCUCAGCCAAUCGGACACAAACGAGUCCGAAGACAAUGAACUCCAGACUUUCGACAAUAUUUCCGCCUCGCACCCUACCCGGCGGGAGAGUUCUACCGUGACGCCCAGCAGCUGUUGCUCGGGAAGCAGUUUGGAUGCGAAACUGAGCAAAUCACAAGACUGCCUGACGACGCGUUCUGCCAAGAAGCGGGUCAACAUCCGGACUGAUAUCCUGCCGACGCGCAGCCCAAGACGAUCGCCAGAGGAGGGGGAGAACAACACGUACGAGGACCUGGAGUCGGGGGAAACAAGCAUCUUAAACGUAGAGGAGAACAGCCUGGAUCGCUACAGCACCAGGCGGUCGACUGAUAGCUACUUGACGAUGACCGGGACGAUCAAACGUGGCCGCAAGAAGGGCCAGUCAGUGGACUUGCAGAUCAAUAUGAGCCGCGAGGAGUUGGAGAAAAUCAACGCCGUCGCCCUGGCCGCUGAGGUUACAAAAACCCAGAAUCUGUGCUGUGUGUGCACGCCAACGACGGGCUUGCAUGUUCUCUUGCUGUCGUUAAUGUGUCUUCCGUUCGUGAUCCUCGUUACCAGCGUCUAUUCCUUUUACAUCGGCACGCUCACCUGGUAUAACAUGUUCACGUACUUCAACGAGGAGAAGUCCUUCUUCUACAGACUCGUGAUGUCGCCGGUGUUGAUCCUGACGUACCCGUUCGCCAUAGCACUGUGCACGAUCGGACUGGGGCUGUAUGCGGGCUGGGUGCAACUGAGCAUGCAGCUCACGAGCUGGUUGAAUGAGAUCGCGGACGUGGAGAAGGGCUUCUACGGAUGGCUGUGCGGCAUCCUGAAGCUCUCCGAUUGCAGCCCAUACGAAGUGGUGGUGCUGACUGAUCUGCGCUUGCCCGAGGACCACGUCACUGUGCACUCUUCCAUGGAGGAGCUUUCGCUCUAGGCUACCCCGUUCACGAGCCCUCCUCCCGUUCACUCAACUUAUCAACGCAUUUAUCAAAGUAUUCCCGAUUCAAGGCUGCUGUUUUGUAUUUAUUUUACUCGCGUAGGCGAAUUCCAUUGCUUUUAUGGCGCAAUCGCUGUUUUACCGUAGUUUUUUUGGAUAUUUGACAAGACUCGAGAGCGAAAUUCGUGAUUUUAGGAUUUAGACGAGAAAGGAUUCACGUGGUCCAAUUCGAUUUAAUAUUUCGGCAUGUGAUGUUCUUUGUAUCCAUUUUGAGAUUAUUUAUAGACAUCGUGACUUGUGACUUUAAUAAAUUGAAUCAAUUUGCAUUGAAA